GGAGAGAGCCCCGUGCUCCGGGGGCCCAGUACCGUUCAAAGAUGCAGGCUGCCGGGACGUUGCGUGGUACCAGGGCCAUCUCCCUUCUGGUACUCCUGGUACCUCUCAUUGGCUAUGCCUAUUCGAGUCCCAUACAAUAUUUGCCCAGUAUCCCAGGAUACAUUCCCGUUUAUAUAAGAUACGGAGACGAGCCGUUGGAGGGAAUAAAUCCCGAGUUGGCCGAAGCUUUCGGAGAGACAUCAAAUUCGGUUAAGAGUUUACAGAAGAUAGACCACACGCUCGCUCACGAGUCUGACAAUUUCAAAGAUGACGACAUAGACACUUUUCUGGAAGAGUCAAAGGGGGAACAUGCUUAUCCGUUGCACGUGCGAGCAGCAGAAAGUCGUUCGUUCGCCGCUGCCAACGAUCCAGGGAAUCCUAAUAAACCAAAGCUGCUAACUAUUUAUACAUUACCCGAUGAUAACGAAAGCAGGCCACGUAGACGUUAUCGAGGAAGAUCUAGGCUAAAGAGUUCUAGAAAACGGCCCGCGUUUAAGGUCAAUCCACUCUCCGACGAAGAAAAGGAAGAGCUGGAAAAACUGGCGAUCGAGGUAGAAAAAGAAGAGACCAAACCCAACGAACUUUAUGCUCCAAAUCCCAGACAUCCUGAAUCGUCUGAGAAUACACGCGGUCGUCAUAAAACUCACAAUUUUAUCGCGCCGAUAAAAGUGCAAGUUCCACUCGACGACGACUUGGCAGACCUACCGAAAGUUCCACAAAUCAACGAUUUUUCGGAUCACAAUAUUGCUACAGCGGAGAAAGAGGAACCGCCAAUUAAGGGACAGCGUCCAGCUACAAUUUGGUCUAAUGUACAUAAAUUAUCGCCUAUCGAUUUGCCAAACGAAAAUGAAAAUGAUAAAGAGACUACAUCUGAAGUUAAAAAAGUUAAAGAGGAACCAAUUACAAAGUUUAAUCUACUAGAUCUAACGCCUCAAGAUACGGAUCUUUCGAAAUUCUCGAAUGAACAUAACAUCGUUACAACUGAAGCUGAUAAUAACGAACCGCCUAUUAAGGUGCAACGUCCAACAACAUUUUUGUCGAAUGUAGAUAAACUCUCACCCAUCGAUUUGCCGAACGAAAACGAUACCAAUGAAAAAAAUAAAACGAAAGACUUUAUACAAUCUACCGACGAAGUUGCAACAGAUUAAAUAAUCAAAGCUUUUUACGCUAAAA